GUUUUUGUGCUGAUCCAAAGUGUGCUGGAGAUUUUCACAGAAGAGGAUUUCAAAGAGAACGGCACUUCCUUACCGGAAGUGAUUCAAAGAGUCGGAGAAUGCUCUGAAAAGAACACCUUUGCCGAGCCUAACCUUGGAGGUGCACAGAGAGCUGUUGUAGACAUCAUGGACUAUCAACAACAGCAUCUAUUCGAAGUCUUCGACACCAAACAAGCCGACAUGGACGCGGUGUUUGAAUACAACAUUCUGGAUCCGCAUGACGCGGGCGCCACCGAAAAACGAAUAUUGGACGCCCUGAGCACUGUUGCGUCAGAGCAGAGAGUUUUUUGGUUGAGGAUUCUUCAGGACCUGGUGUUUGCGACGGGGGUCGUGGGUCACACCGACAGCUGGAAGAAGACGAGGUCGAUUCGACUGGCGGCAGAGCUGCACGUGCACCUUGGCGCCC